AUAAAUCCUCAAAAGAUGCAGCGCCAACUCGGAAGUUAUAUCGAAUGACAUUUAAUAUUUGAAAUUUACGUGAUAUAGAGAAAAGUUGGAUGAAUACAUAAUGAUAUACUAACAAUUAGACAAGAGAAGUACGAUUGUUACAAUCAGAGCGUUUCGACCCUCACGUAGAUCUUUUUCCACGAAAACAUCUGUUUAUAAACAUAAAUUUGAAUGCUAAGAACAUUCGAACGUGCUAAGGUUAUUCAGCCUGAAGGUAGACAUACACUGAGUGAACAAAUAACGAAUAAACAGUGAAUGUAUAAUAUGAAUGUGUAUAUUUGCGAUUAAGCACGUAAGUAUUUUCUUUGAUAAAUCAUCUUAUGAGUAAGCCGGCCCGAAAUGUUCUAUUCGAAUUCGUUAUGGCUUAUACGUUUUUAAUCUUUUACAACGAAAGUUUGCAUUUACUGUACAUUCCUUGUUCGUUCCUUCAGUUCACUCAGUGUAUACCCAGCUUAAGAAAUCUUCUAUAUUCAAAAAACCCCAAACAAAAUAUUACGUUGUCCUACCGUAAGAUUAAUAUAAAAGAAAUAUAUCCGUGAUAUGAUUUUCUAAAUACAUAGUUCUCUACGACAAUCUUUAUCAACAGUGUUCCUGGUUUUAUAUAUUCCUCGCGUAAUUUUAUGUAGGUAAGUAAAUAAUGCCACUUCAGAUUUCUUUCAGAUCCUUCCACUAGAUGUUGACAUAUUUCAGAUUUAAACAAUUGGUACGUAAAGUCUUACAUUACAUCAAAGAAAACACAAAAUCCUUUUAUAUAAAACGUCUUUAAGACGUCUCAACGAAAGGAAAAGUAUAACAGCCAACACGGCUCUGUCCAUACAUCGUAAGUUUCAUGUUUUCAUGUAUACAAUUAACAAUUUAAUUAUUUUAUCGUUUUUGCGAUAAGCUAUAUAUUGUUCAAUGAUGUCAAUAUUAUAUAUUCGUUUAAGUGGCACAUAUCUCAAUAUGGAUGCGAUUGGAAUGGUUGCGUACUCUCUCAAGAUAUAUUUUUCAUUGGAAUUAUUAAUAACUCCACUUGAAGUAAUUGUCAGUUAUACAUGCAGUAAUAAGAUUGUAAAAUUCAUGCUUUAUGAAGUAAUAACUACGAUGCAACAAUGCAUACUGAAUUACCAAAUCACUGCAGCUACAAUGAAUGAACCAAUAAUGUUUGCAACCAGUACCUUUAUAGUAAUGUUAAUAUGGUUAACACGCUGGCGCACUAUAGAAGGUUCUCCUAACGUAAUAUUUGAGUAUAUGCUAAUAUAUACAAGAAUGCGCAAAUAUGGUAUAUUUAUAAUAUUAGCUAAAAUGCUGGGCGGUUACAUCGCAUUCAAAGUUACGCGUGUAAUAUGGGACUAUUUAGAAACAGGAUACACGUCAGUAGGUUGCUCUGCAAUAUUUGAUGAGGAUUCUACACUAUCGGCAGUUUCAAUAAUUCAAUAUUGGGAUAUUGUGUGAGAUUCGGUUGUUCAGAAGUUGAUAAUUAUCAAAAUAUAUUAGUUUAUUGGUUCGCUCCUUUUUAUGGAUCUUUUUGUGCUCUGUUUAUAUUUUACGAAUGCAGUCAAUUAGUAAUUAAAACACGUUUAUUAAAGCUUACUGAUAUAAAAGAUAAUUAUAAUUACAAUGCCAAAAUAUUUUUUGCACUUGAUGACGAGCAUCAUGAGUUAUUUUCACAAGUGGAACAUUAAGUACAUAUUUAAAUAAUCGGUUAUAUAUUUAUUUUAUAAUAAUAUUUGUAAAUUUUUCUUGCAAAUAGUUACCUGUAACUCUUACAUCAUCAUACACGCGCAUAUAUGGAAAGCGAACGUAUUUGGAAACACAUAUUCCCGUUCUCAGUGAUCGUGUUUGCAGGCCGUCCGUCAUCUAUAGCAGUAAUUUAACGCGUAAAUAAUACACUCUCAAAUAAAAUAAAAAAGUUCAAUUAAUAAUAUAAAAUAUUCAAUCGUGUGUGUUAACUAUAUGAGAAUAAUAUAUAAUACUAUUGUGUUUAUUAUAAAUAAUCUUCAACGCUUACAAUUUAGGUUAAAUAGAAUAAAAGGAGGAGUAAGCGUUUUCUAUCAUUGAUACAAGAUUCUUGCAAUUAUUGGCAUAAUUAUAAAAAAGGUAUAUUUAUCGAUAUCUAAAAUGCACAUUUUAAUA